GAUUGGUAAAGAACGUGAUUACUAUGAAGAUAUUAUGUCUAAAAUUAAUGGGGUCCUAUUGCCCGGAGGUGCUACAUAUUUUAAUAAUAGUGAUGGUUACUAUGAUGCUGGUCAACAUAUCUAUAACAUAGCAAUUGAAAUGAAUAAUAAUGGCACUUAUAUGCCAAUUUGGGGUACAUGUUUGGGUUAUGAACUUUUAGUAUACUUAUCAGCUAAUGGUACUGAUCCCAGAACUGGCUGCUCAUCACAAUCGCAAGCUCUGCCAUUAGAGUUUAAGGAUGGUUACCAAAAUAGCCGCCUAUUUAAGGAAGCAAGCACUGAAGUGAUAAAUAUUUUUGAAAAUUAUCCCGUAACUGCUAAUUUCCAUAUCUAUUGCUUUACGCAGAAGACUUUUGCUGACAUGAACCUGUUGGAUGAUUGGAAUAUUUUGAGUAUAAAUCAUGAUUGGAAUGGAAGUGAAUUCAUCUCAACUGUGGAGCACAAAAAAUAUCCUUUUUAUGGUGUACAGUUUCAUCCGGAGAAAAAUCUUUACGAGUUUGUGCUGAAUCGCAACAUUACACACAUCUCAAAGGCCAUCACAACCUCGCAAUAUUUUGCUGAUUUCUUUGUGAUGGAGACGCGCAAAAAUCACAACAGCUUCGCCAAUAAAACCGAAGAAGCUAAUGUACUCAUCUACAAUUACAGUCCGGAGUAUACGGGAAUGGUGGGCUCUGCAUUUAUCCAGCAGUAUUUGUUCGCUGAGAGAAACGCUGCAGGAUUUGGAUUGCAUUUAUCCUUCAGUUUAAUUUUACUAAAUGUUCUUCUGUUCGUGAGGUUUUAAAUUUUUUAUGUUGUAAGGAUUUUUAGCAAAUUUGUU